AGAGAGAGAGAGAGAGAGAGAGAGAUUCUCAGCCCUCAUGAUGGCGUCUCAUCGAGUCCGGAUGGGGUUUUUCCGCCGUCUCCUGUGUCGGAAUUCAUCAGGCGACGUUACGUGUGGAUUCUGUGCGGCGGAGACGCCACGCUACGUGCAGUAGGAGACGACAUGAAGGACGAGGAGAAAAGCGCCGAGAGAAAAAGCGCUGUUGAUGUGGAUGAGGGCCGGAGCGCAGCGGGGACGUGGACGAGUCCCGGGCUCCAUGGAGCGGUGUCGAACCGAGAAGGAGGAGGAGGAGGAGGAGGAGGAGGAAGCGCCGCUGUUUCUGCUCCUGCUUCUGCUGCUGGGAUCCGGGUUUUAAAGCGUAACAUGAAGCGAAACGGCAGUCGAGCCUGUGUGACUAGGAAGACUCGCUUUGGCUCCCGUGAGAGGGACUGGCUGAAGGGUGACGCCCAGCGCGGGUGUGUUUGUCUUUACGGAGCCACUGAGGUCAUGACCCCAGGACCCCAGACCUCGUCCACGACCCAGCCUGACCUGAGACUGGUGCUCUGCUCCACCAGCACCACGGUUGAAGAGCUGUGUGCCCAACGUCAUGGCCAGGGCCUUUACCUGCAGCUGCACGGAGACCUGAUUAGGAGGCUGGACCCUUCUGAGCGUCCUCUUCAGAUGGUGUACGAUUAUCUGACCACUAUGGGCUACGACGAUCCUGUCCGUGUCCAGCAGGAAGCGGCGAACUCCGACCUCAGCUGCAUGAUCCGCUUCUACUCCGAGCGUCCUGUAAACGCAGACCAGCAGGACCGGACCCUCCUGAAAGGUGUGUUCAACGUGCGCAAGGGCAAGACGCAGCUGCACAAGUGGGCGGAGCGACAGGUGAUCCUGUGCGGCACGUGUCUCAUCGUGGCGUCUGUAAAGGACAGUCUGACGGGGAAGAUGCACAUCCUGCCUCUGGUCGGGGGGAAGGUGGAGGAAGUGAAGAGGAGGCAGCACUGCCUGAUGUUCAGCUCGGCCGGACCUCAGGCUCACACUUACUAUGUGAACUUCGACACGCUGGCUGAGUAUCAGCGCUGGCAUCGGCAGGCCUCGAAAGUGGUGUCUCAGACGAUCAGUUUGGUGGAUUUGUCCUGCUACAGUCUGGAGGAGGUUUCUGAAUAUCUCUUCUACAGCCAGGACGUCACACACCUCAACCUGCGCCACAACUACAUCAGUCUGGAGGGUCCUGGAGGUCUUUGCAACUUUAACAGGUUCACUCAGCUGAAAAGUCUGAACCUGUCUCACAACCGACUCGGCGUGUUCCCAGAGGCCUUGUGUGAAAUCCCGACUCUCUCCGAGCUCAACCUGUCCUGUAACGGACUCGACUCCGUGCCCACUCGCAUCGGAAACCUCCAGAGCCUGCAGACUCUCUCUCUGGAUGGGAAUCACUUGAGCUCCCUGCCUGAUGAGAUGGGGGAUCUGGCACAGCUCUGCAGUCUUGGGCUCUCCUUCAACACGUUCCCUCACAUCCCCGCCGUGUUGGAGAGGCUCAGCGCUGUGGACCGGCUGCUCAUGGCCGGGAACCGAGUCGAAGCCUUGGAACUCAGCAGACUGCUGAGGAUGAGUCACGUCAAGAACAUCGACUUACGUCUAAACAGACUCUGCAGCGUAAAAAGUGAGACUCUGGAGCCCAUAAAGCAGCUCGUCCAGCUGGACCUGAGGGACAACCGGCUGACCGAACUGGACCUGAGCGCCGCCUGUAACCUGGACAUGCUGCACUGCGAACGUAACCAGCUGGAGGCGCUCACUCUCAGCGGCUUCAUGCUACGUAGCCUGUACGCCAGCAACAACCGUUUAGCUACAAUCAGCAUCUAUCCCGUUCCCAAUCAGCUGACGCACAUGGACGUGUCCUGGAACGUUAUGGAGAACCUGCCUGACUGGGUGUGUGACAGCAGAAAGCUCGAGGUGCUGGACGUCUCCCACAAUCUGCUGUUGGAGCUUCCGGUCAGGCUGCUCAGUGGUCUAAAUCUGAGGAAGCUGCUGCUUGGCAGUAACUCGUUACAGCGUGUACCUGAGUUCCUCGAUCACAUCCCUCUGGAAACCCUCGACCUGCAGCACAACAAACUCACUGAGCUCCCAGAGAGCUUUUUCUCCAAGGCCUUAAAUUUAAAAUACCUGAACAUAUCAGCUAACACACUGGAGACAAUCCCUCCGAGUAGCCAAACCGAGGAGAGCCUCAGCACACUCCAGGAGCUCUACCUCACUGGGAACAACCUGACUGAGGACUUCGCCGCCCUGCUGGUGGGACACCAGAAUCUACGGGUUUUGCACGUGGCCUAUAACCAGCUCCUGUCUUUCCCUGCAAGUAAGCUGAGCAAGCUGGAGCUGCUGGAGGAGCUGAAUGUGAGCGGUAACAAGCUGAAGACCGUCCCAUCCACCGUGUCCAGCUGUAAGAGACUUCACACCCUCAUCUCACACUCCAACCACAUCAGCGUCUUCCCUGAGGUCCUGAACCUGCCCGAGAUAAAGCUGGUAGAUGUGAGCUGUAAUGAGCUCACUGAGAUCCUGGUGCCUGAUUCCGUCCCAGCCACACUACAGGAACUAGACCUGAGCGGGAACGGAAGCCUGAUGCUGGAACACAAAACCCUCAACAUGUUCAGUCAUAUAACUACUUUGAAGCUGGACCAGAAGCCGUCCCUGAGCACGGCGGAGUCGCAGGUCUCGUGCAUUCUCUGGGAUCACGGCUACGCUGAGAUGAGUGGCCAGAGAAACAAGUUGUGUGUGUCCGUGCUGGCCAUGGAUCGUUUCGGGGACGGCGUCGAAGCGGUUUACGGGAUUUUCGAUGGCGACCGGAACGAGGAGGUGCCACGGUUGCUGCAGUGCACCAUGGGAGACGUACUGGCUGAAGAGCUUCAGCACAGCAACGUGGACAGUGUAUACAUGUGCAACACCUUCCUCACCUCGCACAGAAAGCUGGGGAUGGCUGGACAAAAGCUCGGGGCUUCAGCUCUCCUCUGCUACAUUCACCACGAGUCCUCUGAGUCGAGCAGCUACUUCAGCCUGACCGUGGCCAACGUAGGAAACUGCCAGGCUGUGCUGUGCCGCGACGGCCAUCCGCUGGCCCUGUCCAAAGUCCUUAGCUUGGAGCAGAAUGCUGAAGAGAUGGAGAGAAUCAAAACAGCCAAGGCGAUCAUCACUGAGGAUAACAAGGUGAGUGGAGUUACAUGCUGUUCUCGCAUGUUGGGAUGCUCCUAUCUAUACCCCUGGGUCCUUCCUAAGCCCUGGGUACGAACUGAACCCCUUUGCGCUCAGGAUGAGUUCCUGAUCUUGGGCAACAGGGCACUUUUCCAACAUCUGUCUUACCAAGAAGCAGUGAAAACCGUGCUAGCUGUCCGAGACCCUCGAGCUGCUGCAAAAAAACUCUGCACACUUGCACAGAGCUAUGGGUGUAAGGACAAUGUCGGGGCAGUAGUUGUGGCCCUGCGUAUUGGUGAGGACAGUUGUACCUGCGAGCCUCCACUCUCCUCUGAGGUUCGAGGAGCCCAUGUACCUACCCCCAUUUCUAUAUCUGUGCCAUUUCUUGACCCAUCCACUCCUUCUUCAAGUAGUGGCAUUGCCUCUGAAUUCAACAGCGAAACAUCUGCUUCUGAGGUGGGAAGUGAGGCUGGGUCCACGGCAUCUGACGAACAAACGUCUUCAGGCCUAAAUGCACGACCUGACCGCCGCUGCAGCUUACACCCAGCUGCAACGUUUUGCAACUCUGGAGGCCCUGGAAGUCUAGGAGCCGGAACUCACCCUGCUCUGUUCCAGCGCCAACCAUCCUCUGCAACAUUUUCAAGCAACCAGUCUGACAAUGGUCUAGACAGCGAUGAUGAAGCUCCACUGGAGGGUGUCAUUUCUAAUGGGAGUAAGUUGGAGGUUGAGGUGGACAUCCACUGCUGUGCAUUUCAGCUUCGCUCUGGGCGUCCAGAAAGCCCUAAGGAUCUGGAUCUCCGUGGCUCUGACUACACCAGCAGCAAGAUGCGCCGACAGAACAGUGUGGUGGUGUCGACCGCUAAUGGCUGUCUUCUUGCUGUUUGUGGCCGAGAGAUCUCAGACCUCAAGAAAUCUCCCUCCACGUCCAGCCUGUUUGGGAAGAAGCUGUCUAAUGGUUCUGUUGUAGCACUUGAGGACAGUCAUAACAUCAUCGAGGUAGCACUGGAAGCACCGAAGAAGAAGUCUGGUUAUUUUGCAGCACCCGCCCAACAAGAUCCAGAGGAUCAGUUGAUCAUACCUCCCAGUCUUGAACAAGAUGUACGGGAGCAGCUAAGGAGCCAAAUUCCAGUGGUUUCUGGUCCUCCGCCACCCUUAACACCUCCUACAAGCAGAGACUCAAACUGGGAUCACCCUCACCCCGGUCUCCCUCCUGCUACCUUCCAACAGGAGGUUUAUGACACUGCUCUAUAGAGACUACUACCCGAGAUGACCUAGUGCCAUAUUGUGGAGGUGGAUGUAAUUCAUUUUGCUGUGAUAUUUUCCAGUUCUUUAUUAAGCUCUAUCAUUGUGUGAAGACCUGCAUGUGCUUAAACGGUGACAUCCCACUUGCCUGGAGUGGUCUCUGUUUAAUCUAAGGAGUGGAACGUUUUGAUAGAAAGUGCACAAAUUUCAAGAAUAGUAAAACAAAAUCUUGAAAGAUUGCUAUCUAUUAGAAACCGCGACACGAACUAAAAUACCUCAUAUAUAACCGUGCAUAACUAACAAGAUAUACUGUAUAGCCCUUUACAACAUCAUUUGGCAAAAAGGUUCUUUGGGAUAUAUCCACGACCAAAAGGUAAGAAAAGUGCCUAUUACAGAUGGUUCCGGCUCACCAGGCCCUCCGUUGGUCUGGUGUGCUUUCACUGUUACCUAGAAAUGCUCAUUUUUUGUUGAAGUUAAAAACUGAAGUAUGAUCGGGAACGUUCGGCUUCCUUUAUCUCGUUUGGCGGAGUUCAGAUCGCAGAGAAAACUACUAAAGCUGUGGGAAGGAUGGCACACACUGUUUGGCUUCCUACAGCCUUUCUGGAACCUUUUGCGCAAAAUAUGCACCGCACACCACGUCCUGUCAUGGUAGACAUUGGUAAUGGAUUUUCUUACCAAGAUUGUGACUCAGAAGAAGAACGAAAUCAAACACGAUAUAUCAUUUCACGAUGCAUCCGAGGUGCAGUUGCAGUCUCGGCCAAUCAGAAAGAGAUGGUUAUUAAACGUAACUGGCUGGAAUCACGACUUAAUAAUGAGUCAUUAGGAGUACUUGAAGCGUGCCAUUAGAGACUGAAUUAUCAAAGCACUCAUGCCUGAAGCUUUUAAGGCUUAAAUACUGUACAUAUUUGGUCUUUGCACUAAAGUGCUGCAAAGUAACACUGGUCCUGAUAGAGCAUGAAUAGGGUAUUUUUCAUCCUAUAUCUGAACCGCUAAGCUAAUUAUUUACAAAAAAAUGACAUUAUAUCCAUAUGUUCUUCUUAGUCGACUUACGUCUGUUCACGACACCUGAUUUUACCUGAUUUUUAACGUGAGUGAUCCUGCCCCAUACUUUGGUAUGUUGAAUUUUUUUCCUUUCGGUUAAAAUGAAGAUGAAUCAAAGCAGCUUUACAAUGUGAUUAAGCUUUCUGUGAACGUAACACGCACUUAGUUCUGGUCAUCGUUGGGGUUACUUAAAGACCAGAUGUGAUCGAUGAUAAGAAUACACAAUUGGAGACUAAAUACUCCAAUUUUAUUUAAAUACUUGAACACAAAUGAAGCCACGCCCACAAAACCUGUCCAAAUUUACUGAAGGAAUAAUUUCCACUUCUUCUUUGGUGCCGUUUUAGCUUUCCUGGAAUACAGCCACGGUACCCAGGACUGUAACAAGGCUGACAAAUUUAAUGAGGUUCUCAUGAUGAAUAUCGUCGCUGUCGGGCGGAAACCUCGUAUGUCCAAAUUUGGUCACUUCCAUAUUUUUUCACAUAUCGAUGCUAUUGGUCAGUCCCCACGUGGGUCUGUUAUUUUUACAAGUUAUUAACCAAUCUAAAGUCUUGAAAAUAGCUUGAGCGCAAAUCUCAUAACUCCAUUGGACACUUCAACUGUCCACCUCUUCCUCACUCCGUGGGAGAGCUUCACGUCAUAUUUCUCCUCAAGAAGAGUCGCAACGAAUCGACACGUCUUCUGAGGUAAAUGUCUUCAAAACACUGGGCUCAAAGAAAAAAAAAUCUUGAAAAAAGUUCUGGUGCUCGUCUGAGGACAGGAAUUUAGCGCAAGACAAUCCACUGCAACGCGGACUAAACCCUGUGUACUGCAGAUAAGGUACGGCGUUUUUUUAAUUUCCUGAAAAGUAACGGUUUUGGAGAUACGAGGAUUCCGUCUGACAGCGACGAUAUGUGUCAUAGUUCUAGUAAUAAAUCACAGCACUGAAUCUGCAUUACAUCUAAUGCUAAAUUCUCAUCUGUUUAAUUCUUUAAUUUAUUGCGUCAAUUAUUUUUGUUUAACAAGAUGAUUUACAAAUACAAUGUCACGUAUUACAUUUAGAAUGUAUCUGUUUAUCUCAUAGCUAUUUUAGAUAUUAGCUAAUUAUACACAACACUGCCAAAAGUAUGUGCACCCCUGACCUACAUCACACCUACAUGCAAUUUUCCCCCAGACAGUUGGAAUUAAGAGGCUCAAACAUGACAAUGUUCCCUCAUGACAAUGUCCCUGGGCACAAAGCACAGAGCUCCAUGUAGACAUGGUGUAGUGGUUAAGGUUGGACUGGAAGAACUUAAGUGUCCUGCACAGAGCCCUGAGACCCCACUGUACACAUGAACUGGAACACCGUCUGCACCCCAGAACUACGCGACCUCACUAAUGCUCUUGUGUUGGAAUGAACACAGAGCUCCACAGCCACGCUCCAACAUCUACACCGCCACGCUCCAACUCCUAGUGAAAAGGUCAUUAUUAAAGCAAAGGGAAAUAAAUGUGCAAUGGGAUGUUCAGCAAGCACAUAUGGGUGUGAUGGUCAGGUGUGCAACUCUUGGCCGUAUAAUGUAUGACUGGUUUAUACCUCUCUAGAAAAACACCGAGGUCUUCUUCAUGAGGUUUUUUCAAUACAUUUACACCCACUUUCUCAACCAGAUGUUUGAGCUGGAAUCUGAGGAUUUCUGUGUAUUCUUGUUAGAGAUCACCUCUGACCUUUAUGAAAUUUAGCUACAAGUUAAAGCACUUAGUGGAAAGAAAUGCAGAAGAAAGGAAGUACUGAAGACUAACAACAGAAAAGACAUAAGAUUUCAUUGCUUGCUUUUUGUGUGACAGGAGGUGCCAACAUUUAUGCUUACGUUGGAGCAUUUAUUAUUUGUAAUACUCUCUUUUGCUACAGAGAUAUAGGAGACACCAGUAAACGACGAGGUCGAAACGUGAAUAAAAUUCACCUGACAGAAAAACCCCUUCACCGAAAGGGAAAGGACGGAGGACGAAAACGACGCGUUUGUUUUUAUCGGUUUUUAUCUAGGUGAAUUCUGACACAGGAAAUUGCACAACCUUUAAGAGAUUUAUGAGCCAGUAGGAAACAACUAUUGUUUGGUGCACAUAAAAUAUUUAAACGUUAUAUUUUCUUUCUUCACAUAUAAUAAUCAUGUUGUUGAUUUUUUUUUUUAGUGACAAGUUUUCAAGUAAUAAAAGCGCAGGGUCUGAAGUUGCCAUUAAACGUUCGCGUUCCGUUUUUAUAUGACCGUAAUUUAAAAAAAAAAAACACUCUAUUUUAAAUAUCUUGUUUCCCCAUUUCUACAGAUUCGAAUUUAAUGGUUUUAAUGAAAAUACAUUUUUCAUAAUUUUUAGCAUAGAGUCGACCUUUCCUCUGAGCUAUUCUAGGAUUUCUUUGUUAGCAAUAUUGGCACCUCUGCUGAACAUUUUAUUCACUGUUCACUGAAGAAAAAAAAACUGUCACCUGGAGGUCAAGUCUUUAACAUCUUGCUUUUUACUUUUUACUCAGUGGCCAUUUACUCACUAAUCACUUUGCUCAGUAAAACAUCAAAAGUAAUAAAGCAAUUAUUAUUAUUAAUUAAUAAUAAUUAUAUUAUUAUUAUUGAGACUAUUAUUGAAUUAUUCAGACGAUGAACUGGAAUCGGAUUUGGGGGCACGGUGGCUUAGUGGUUAGCACGUUCGCCUCACACCUCCAGGGUUGGGGGUUUGAUUCCCGCCUCCACCUUGUGUGUGUGGAGUUUGCAUGUUCUAACCGUGCCUCGGGGGUUUCCUCCGGGUACUCCGGUUUCCUCCGCUGGUCCAAAGACAUGCAUGGUAGGUUGAUUGGCAUCUCUGGAAGAUUGUGUGAGUGAAUGAGAGUGUGUGUGUGCCCUGCGAUGGGUUGGCACUCCGUCCAGGGUGUAUCCUGCCUUGAUGCCCGAUGACGCCUGAGAUAGGCACAGGCUCCCCGUGACUCGAGGUAGUUCGGAUAAGCGGUAGAAGAUGAAUGAAUGAAUGAAUGAAUUGGAUUCAAGUUUUAAUUUUUACUAGUUUGGAUGUGGUUCAAAUAAAUAAAAAAAACAGGAACGGUUGCUGGAGUGGCCUUUAUACUUUAAAUCACUCACCUGUUUGCGCAUUUAAUUUUUUGUUCUUUUUUUUUACUUUUCAUUUUUAAGUUGUAUAAAAAUUUUUAGACAAACUUUCAUUUUCUAGGUUUAUCCUUCUCUUUGCCAAUACAAACAAAAAGGUUGCUUUCCCCACUUUUAUAAAUCAACCAGCACAUGAUUUACAUGCAAGUUGCCACUUUUGGAAAAAGUGUUUUUUUUUUGUUUUUUUUUACGUCAAAGAGCGGAUUUGUUUUUUUCUAGAAAAUUGCAGACUGACUAUCAAAAAGAUUUUUUUUUUAAAACUCCAAACCAAUCAGGUCUUAAGAAAAACAAAAUGUGAUGAUAAAAAAAAAAAAAGAAUCUUGUUAUUGAGCGAAUUUGAAGAGAUUUCCAAACUUUUCUAGAUUUGCAGUGGAACUAAAAAUAAUGUGACCGUGUUCCAGUGGUAUGAUAUGAGAUAUGAAAUCGCACAGAUUCUAAAGCUACAGCGAAGACAAACACCCUCUUCAUCACCAAUAUUUAUUUAUAUUAUUAAUUCAAAUCUAGAGACGUGAGUUUUGGGAAAGGUUUAGUUCAUAUAUUUUAAAAUAGAACUGACCUUUUUUUUUUUUUUUUUUAAAUCAAAUACAUUUUCUAGAGUGAAGAAAAUGACCGCUGAGAAAUAUCCUAAUUUCACAUGUGUGAAAGAAAUAAAAAAGAAAAACCACAGCUCUGAGUUUUCACUUAAAAACCCUGUGAUUGAGAGCAAAAAGCCUAAACCAAUCCAAAUCCAUCUCAACUUCAGAAGUAUUUUAAUCGAAUUUUAUUUGAAUGGUAUUUACCUGCCUGUAAGUAAUUUGUUAACAAAAUUAAUUUGCAAGUCUGUAAGAUUUCUGAUGUCUUAUGUGUAUUAUCUGCUUUUAUUUUAAGUUUUGCCUGGAAUGUACAGUAUAUUUCAUUCCAUCACACUUUUCCAGACGAAGGCACGUUGUGGACAGACAGACAGGCGUUAGUUAGUUUUCCAUGUGACCAAAGUUCCAUCUCACAAUUCUGUACAUUAUCUUGAAUCUUUUUUUUUUUUUUUUUUCCUAGAGACACUUAUAUUUUCUCUCAAUGCCAAGAAGCUGAGGUUUAUUUUUAUACAUCAUUGACUAAUGCAGAUUUAUCACUCUUUCGGUAAAAAGUCAUGAAUUUGCGGUACCUUGUCGCCCCAUCGAAAUGUUUUAUGACCCAAAUGUUAAAUGUAUUCAAUGUCAAAAGCAUGCCCUAUAUCAAUAACUACAUAUAAUUAAAAAUAUAAAUAGAUAUGAACCGGUUACUUUGUACAAAACACUCAAUCAAUCUGUUUGUAAGAAUUGUUUUAAAUAUCCAAAGCCUAAUGUGUAUAUAUAUAUAUAUAUAUAUUUUAUUUUAUUUUUAAGCAUGCAGAAAUCUGCUGAAUAGUUUAUGUUCUAUAUUUAAUGUAAAUGAGUUUUAAAAGAAAAAAUGCCGUUCUGUUGACUUAAGAGAAAGAUUAACGCAAGCACUUUUGCUGUUUGUCAGCUAGACUUUAAACCUCUUCGGAUUUCGAGGGUGGGGUGAUGGCUCAUUAUUUCAUUUGAGAUGCUGCUAUGACUAGUUUGGAGCAGAAAAGCUGUAUUUUUAAUUACCUUUUCAGCCAAGUAGCAAUAAACAUUUAUACUGUG